AUGGGGUGGAGCAGUCUACUCAUAACGGCUACGUUGUCGUUAUUUGUGAUUUUCGGAUUAAUCGAUGCCAUUAACGCCCAGCGAGGAUCGGUACGCUUCAAUCAGCGACCACCGCCUCCUUCUCUGUCAUCAUCAUCGUCAUCACCAUCGUUCGCCCCAUCGUCUGCUACAGCCGGUUUCCCGAGACCAUGGAUGGACGACACAGUGCUGCUAGUCAGCGAAGAAAACUUUAGCCGAACUGAAUCUCCGUCGUUCAGGCGACGUCCAUCAUCAUCAGCGCAAGCCGUAGUGGUUGAUUCUCAGUCAUCGACGGCUAGAACCAGUGCACGAAGAAGAUCAAGGCCUACCGUGCAAGCGCAAAGCCGGUCGUCCGACGUCACAAGCGAAGAAGUGCUUACUUUCCGGCGAACAACCAAGGAACAGCCAUCGCCAAGCUUGCGAAGCGAAAUAGUCUACCAGAAUGACUACUCCAGUAGUACGGAUAAAAAUUCCGAAGAUCGCAGUAAAAGAAAGGGUAGACAAAGGGGCUUCCGCAAUGAAGUUGUUCACGGAAGCACCGUCAGCAGUAGCAGCAGUACUACGGCGUUAAACAGGCGACCCGACAAGAAACUCAACAAGUUGAUAAGCCAAGAAGAAGGAAAGAGUUCAAGUGAGAAAGAAGUAGUGCGUCAGCCAAGUACAUCGGCCAGAACGAUUCCAAAUCGAGCGAGAGGGUCAGCAAAAGCUAUUCCGAAAAUACCAGUUGAAGAGAUUGAUUCGGAAGAAAAUUAUCCAGAACAAUUCAAACAGUUAUUAAAAGCACAACUUCAAGAAGGCAAAGGAAAGAAAAUUAACCCUAAUAGGUUAGAAGUUUCUACCGAUAAAAGCAAUACAAAGAGUAGAGAAGUUGAUGAAGUACCGCGAUUUAAAGUGAAAGCGUUGAGUACAACCACUGCUGAACCAUCAACUACAGUGAAGCUUAUUACUCCGCGACCCAUCAGGAGGCUCGACAGUCCCUCAAUAUCCACUGUAACGGUUGGGACGACUAAGUCUCGCAUUCCUGAAAAGGUAGUUUCGGAGAAACCUGCAACAAAAUCACCGAGGAGGCCAAAUGCAGUUCGUUCUAGAUUAACUGCGUCAUCUACGACAGCAGAACCCAAAUUUGAAACAACAAUUCCCAAUACAACUUCUAAGCAAUCUAGAGCGUUCUCUCGCAAACCCAGUGUUGUUAGUUUAUUAACAUCCACAACUACAUCGACAACGACAACUACACGAAAACCGUACAUUCCUGUCAGCAAAAAUCCUUCAACUGUGAAAAGAACUUUCACGGCAUCAACAACAACAACUACGGAAACCACAGGUGCAAGUGAUCCGGCCGAACAGUUAACCCCAAAACGAACAUCGCCUGACAAUGGUUUUGUAAUAGCAUCCCUACGUAACCCGAGUGCGUUUAGAUCCUCUAAGCAAGCUUCAGACAAGAAGAACAACCGUAAACAAUCCGCUGCACCGGACUACAGUGGCAACGACCUGAAACCAAUAAUAAUCCCAUCACGAUCGAAGGCUCCCCCUUCCCUCGGCGCAAAGCGUUCACAAUCACCCUCGGCUUCGAGAGUGGGAACUCGAUUCGAGUCCAGUCUGAAAAAGGCCCCAGCUUAUAUACCGACGGUACCGACCUUCACUGCACCACCAACCACGGUAAGCACUGCGAAGGUUAAACUUGAUGGCCACUUUUUGCUAACGACUGCUAAUGCUUCCACCGCCUACACCACCUCCACCAACAGCACCUUACCUUCCAGUACGGCAUUACUUGCUAACGAAAUAGAUGGAGCUGAUACCGUGGAAGGCAGAGGCGCAUCCGUCGGCCAAAACCUCGACUACGACGAGGAACCCGAACUCCGUCAAAGCGGAAGCGAAAUUGAGGUGGAACCAGUGGCUUCCCGGCUGACCCAGAGUCGUAUCGACGUCGACACGUCCAACCCAGUGACCGUGUCGAUCUUUAGCGCCCUGUCCGAGAUCCUUUCGCAGCCAACAGAAAGUUUACAAUUUUUGUCUUCUAGCACCGAUGCACCGCUACCUUCUACUUCUUCUAGCACAUCUACUUCGACGACAACUACGACCACAACCACCACCACCACUACCACUACUACCACUACCACCACCACCACCACUCCCAAGCCAAGCACUUUGAGAAAGCCCGCGGUCAAGGUAUCUGAACUUGGUAGUAGUAAUGAUAACUCCAUCGCAUUGUCUGUAAAUAAUAGCGACCCUACGGAAUCUGCUACUACUGUUGUAAAUAAUGUUUCGCCUGUUGGGUCCACUAGCAUCCUGACCAAAACGGCGGUGGUGGACAGUGUACACCCCGAAUCGAGCGCAUUAUCCGAACCGGGGGAUUUGAUUAACCAAAUUGAUGCUGACGGUGCUUUCCGGUCUCCGACCGUGGAUGACGAAGAUGAUCUGAUCCCAACUACCCUUAACUCCUUGAAGCAUUCCGCAAAGAUAAACGCUAAUGAUUCCUUGUUGUUGAACGACCUCUCUCCCAUCCAUCAGCUCCGCAAAUCUCCCAGUUCAACUGCUACUGUACCUACGGUUAGAGUUGAGGAUCCUACCACCCAGACCAGCACCGAGAGCAUGUCUACAAAGUUAACAACUAAUUCGCUACUAACAGAAAGCGCUGAUUUCGAGACUCAUUCUACCACAAAUUCUGCUCCUCUAACGACUACAGUACAGACUAUCACGGUGCCUUCGUUUUUCGAUUUGGACGCUCGCAAUUCAACCUCACAAUCAUUACAGUUACCUACCACUACGCCGUUGGCCGAGUUUGAAAACACUUUCAUGCCUAGCACUGCUCUUAGUUCCAUUGAUGAUAGCUUGAUCACCACCAUCACCACUACCGCUACUAGCGCUCUGCUUUCCGACGACUCAAAUACGGAGCUCGAUACGGAUUUUCUUGCUUCUACUAACGUUACUAAAUCAUCACUGACGCACACCGAACAACCGACGAGUACCUCAACCGCAUCGCCUACGACAACCGAGUCGGAUCCGACGACCAUCACCAUGAUUGUGACAUCGGCACCGAUGACCGUAAGUAGGACCUCAAACCCGUUUCGAAUUUCUUCCGAUUUUACGACUCCUCAGUCUCCCUAUAUUGUAACACCUCUCAUACGAGUACUCACAUCCGAAAAAACCCUUGAGUACCACCCAAGAUUUCAAAUUCGUCCUCCUAUCUUCGGGGUUGCUCAGAGUUCCACCACCACCAGCACUAGCACCAGCACUACUCCCGCAUCUACUACUACUACCAGUACCACUACCACCAGCACUACCAAGCCGCCUGAACCGGCAACCAGCACAGCUAGCAGCACGCACUAUAUCACUCAAUUGAGCACGCCACGGCCAAGGUCGCGUGGAAUAGUAGUCUAUGGGAUUCUUCCGAACAACACCGUCAUCCGGCGUAUUAUCGGUGCGGAAGAUGAGUCCACGUCGACCACGGAAAACCCUCGAGUAGUCUUUGGAAUCUAUCCCAAUGGCACGGUCGUCCGCCGGUACCCGAAUGGUACCAUAGUCCCGGAUCGUCCAGCCCGACGGGAGCGAGUCGAAAUAACCGACAUUGACCCGCGUGAACUCCGGAAUCCGAACAGCCCGAUUUAUCGUGAAAGUGUCACACAAACGGUUGCACCCGUAACUAGUAUCACUCCUGCCGAAACUACCAGCACCACUUCUACGACCACAACCACCACUAGCUCCCCACCUAGUACUACUACCAUUUCGAACGAUGCUACGGGGACCACGGCGAUCAUUGCGAUUCUGAGGAAAUAUAACGAAGAAAACCAGCUGGACACCAAAGUCAAAUCGGACGCUGUGUUCAGUUUGGCCACGAAUCGUGGCGGCAAGAAGUCGGACAGGCCCGCUAGGCCUUCCGGGGGUGGCGAUUCUACGGGGGUUAAAGCCGACGAUGAGGUUCGUAUUAACCGGCCGAACGCUCCAGAUGUGAUUUACCGCUGGGCGUCAACGUCGUCCAGCAGUUCGGAAUCAACACCAACAGCUGUAUUUACUACGGAUGAGGCAGCUAUUGCCGACAAUACUGUUCCUGAUAAUGUAGUGGAAUUUAAGAGUACUUCAGUUCAACCUACUGAGCCGGAUUUGAGCCGAAUUGGUUCGUCAUCGCCCACAUCAAUCAAAGUUUCCAGCGACGUAGGCGUGCGCUUAGCUGUGGACUCAGAAAAUCUCGGCAAGCAAUUGGAAGAUUCAGAGUUUAAUAAUUUUAUUACUUCUACGUUAGCUCCGGUUACUGAAGAACCAACUACUCAGCCCACUACGACAUCUACCACCAGCACAACCACCAGGGCUCCUCCCCCUCCAACUACUACUGCUUCCACAACUACUACCACUACAACUGAAAAAGCCCGCACGACUACAACCACUACUCCUCCUCCCACAACAACUACUCCAACCACUACCACUACGCAACAACCCACAACAACUACAGCGAUUGAGUCUCCGAGACCUCGCAAAAAAGAUGAGGAAUUGGAAACAAAUUUGAAAUUGCUCCAACUUUAUUUGGAAGCCAAUCAGAGGGACAUCGAAGCAACCAAGGCAGUAACUUUCCCCACAACUGUUCUACAAAGUUCUCCCAAAGCGACCACCACAACUACCGGACCCACCACAACUACAACCUCAAGCACAACUUCUACAACUUCCACCACUACAACAACUACACCUAGAUCUACUACCAGCACAACAACCCGAGCGACCACGCGUGCAUCGUCAAAACCUAAACAAACAGACAACAGUUCUUUCAACCUGAACUCACUGUUUGCACCAACCACGCAACGUACGCGUACCACUACCUAUUCCGAUGCUGACGAUUUAGCCUUUCUGCGACAACUCGCAAAUUUCCUAAAUGGUGGCCCAACGACUAGGAGAACGACGAAAAAACCAACAACGAGGAAGACCACUACAACUACAACUAGUACUACCAGCACAACUACGACGAGCACCACUACACCGGCGCCUACCACAACUACCGCAUCAUCUACUACUACCGUGCGCCGUCCUUCAACGACCCUUCCGUUGAGUACGGUCAUUGUCGAGAAGGACGAUGCUGAUUUCUUGAACGAUGUGCGUGAACUACCCAAAUAUGCUACACCAAAUCCGUUGGCGGAUAGCGCAAUUGCCAACAGAAUCCUACAGCUGGCAAUCAAUCGUGACCCCAAGAGCAUAUCCGUCAACAAUCAAUUGAACCAAGUACCGAAGGUUACGACUCUAUCACCACAGGAGAUUGAGAACACCAAAAAGCAACUGGACAAAGAGCUUCAGAGCUACAAUAACGACAUUCGAUUGCUGUCCACACUACUAGGACGGCCGAUCACUAGCAAAGACAUCCCGGAACUUACCAAACGCCUAACCACGACAACGCAGAGACCGUCCACUACAAGACCCACAACAACCACAGCCGCGCUUACCACAACACAGUCACUUCAGCUCAACCCGGCACUUCUACAGGAGCUGUUGCAGAAGCAACAGCGGCAGCACAACUCCAGUCCCGCUGCCAUAGCAAACAUCCCGAAUACAUUCGGUAAAAGCAACGAAGCCAUCCUGGCUUCCGUGCUGAAGGAGCGCGGCAUCGGUCCGGCCAACACCAACGCCAAUUUGGAGGAGAUUCUAGCGAAGAUUUCACCUCGCAAAGGGACUGCCACCGUACUGCCCAUCAUCACUACCACAACUCCUCGUCCAAGACCCCGAACUGCCAGGCCGCCAGUCGGUGCCUUUCCUCCGGCUCAGUCAUCGCGACCCAUUCUCGAUGGGCUAGCUUGGCUGUGGCGAGAAUGGCAAGCAACGGCUCCACAGCCCCGCCAGCGACUACCCGGAUCGUCUCUGAUCGCAUCGCCGCCUCCGUCGGAGACGUUCAGCUUAAGCGGUGGCGGUCGAGUCCCGUCGCAGUCGCAGGCUUACCGAGACGAAGGCCUGGAUCCGGAUGCGAAACCGAUCAACCCGAGCGUCACGGAGGAGCCACCUUCGCUAUUCGGUGGAUUCGGUGCCAUUAAUCCAGGAGGGCAACUGCUGAAUGCGGCCAUCGGUGUGACGCGAGCCGUUUCACAGUUUCUCGGUGUGGCACUGCAGGGGGCAGCAAAAAGCUUUUCGACGGCCUUCACUCAACCCAGGCCGGAUUUGGAUGAUCUUAGCUAUUAUCGGUUAAGCGGUAGAUAG